UCGGUGUUGUAUUGACGAAGCAAAUUCAUUUUUCACUGGAAUCAGUCGGUGUGGAGACAACCUGAGAACAUGUCCAACACGGCAGCAGACAGCUGUGAAGGAAGUGUUGCUAAAGACAACAGAACCGAAACAGACAGGGCAGCAAGCAUGGAGAACGUAACAGAGACCGAUGCCUUCUUCAGGAGCUCUUUAGCUUUAGAUCCUGCAGAGGAGUACAAGAUGAACAACAAGCGACGAGGCCUCGCACUCAUCUUUAACCAGGAGCACUUCUUCUGGAAGCUGGGGUUGAGCGACAGGCAUGGAACCAACGCUGACUGCUACAACUUGCAGAAAAGACUGUCAGAGCUGGGCUUUGAAGUGAAGUCUUACAAUAACUACAAAGAAAACGAGGUUCUUCAAAUAAUCAACGAAGCUGCAGGGGCCAAUCAUUCAGAUGCAGAUUGCUUUUUGCUCGUCUUCCUGAGCCACGGCGAGAAUGACCACGUUUACACCUAUGAUGGCAAGAUCAGCAUUCAGGACAUCACAUCCAUGUUCAAAGGAGACAAGUGUAGGAGUCUUGUAGGGAAGCCAAAGAUCUUCAUAUUACAGGCAUGCCGUGGAGACAAACAUGAUGACCCAGUGACCGCCUGUGAUGCUGUGGACAGUGAGAUAAAGACUAACGAGGUGGUGGUGGACGCCAGCGCUAUAUACACCCUCCCUGCUGGAGCUGAUUUCAUCAUGUGCUACUCUGUGGCUGAAGGCUACUAUUCCCACCGGGAGACCAUCAACGGAUCCUGGUAUGUCCAGGAUCUGUGUGAGGUGCUUAGAAAGUAUGGAGAUUCCCUUGAAUUCACAGAGUUACUCACACUGGUCAACAGAAAAGUGUCAAUGAGGAGCGUUGGGAACUGUAGUGACCGGAGUGCCAUCGGGAAGAAGCAAGUACCUUGCUUUGCUUCAAUGCUCACCAAGAAACUCUACUUCCGACCAAAGAAAUAACCCUUUCAGAUCUCAGUCAUUAAAUGAGCUGGCUUUUUAAUAAUGCCUGGGAACCAGGUUGUCUUUAAGGGAGAUUGUUUUUUUUUAAAUUGCUGUUUUUCUCUGGUCCUCUACAGUAUGGUGCUCAUGAGCACUAUUUUAUACAUACGCACUCAAUAAUCAGCUGAUUGACAGAUUUCUUUUUUCCAGUGAAAUCAGUGGUUAUGAAAUAACAGGAACAGCGUGUAUUCACAUGAACUGAAGAAACAUGAACAUUCCUGAUGCUUAUCUACCGUCAGCUCACACUAAUCUGGUUUCUCUCUGCAAAUGUAAAUUUACAGUAGAUUAGAUAAGGUUAUAAUGGAAUCCAACACAACAGCCCCGCAGUAAUUCAAAGAUAACUCUGCAAUACGAUUUUUUUUGCGCAUUUGUGCCAGAAAUGUGCAGACUCAAGCCAAGGGUAAUUUUUGAGACCGUAUUUCAUGUUUUUCUUUUAUCAGAUUAUAUAAUUAUUAGGUGUUUCUGUUAUUUUAUCCAACCACUGUAGCUCCAUACACGCUUUUGCACUUUCAAGAAAUUGCUUUUAAACUGCGGAGGAUUAUCAUGGACCACAUUCUGUGUUAGGUACCUUUCUUGGCCUUUUGUGGUAUUUUAGCUUGCUUAAUUAAUCCAGUUUUAAUUACUGUGGUAACACUGAAAUGCUGUCUUAUUCCCUAGCUGAUUUUCUUUUAUCUUAAGCCAAGAAAAGUUUGACAUUACUGGUGUUACUGACUCAGGCAAGUUUUCCUCAGCCUAAACAUUCUGUCAGGUGAGGUUUUUUUUUCUUUUGCUGUGAAGUCAGUUGGGAGAAUUUAUUUUCCAACUUGCCACAUCUUGCGAGGCAGAUGACAUAACAGCAUGACAACCACAUAAUACUACGUGUAAUGAUUUCGUUCACAUCUGGGUUUAAUGCUUAAAUGUGUCUCUAUAAGCAGCAACGAUCGAGUAAAAUCUGUCACAACAGAUUAUCAGGGCACAACGCAAACGUGCUGUUUGUUCAAGCUCGCUCCAUCAAAAAGGGAAUUCAUGUUUGUGCUGUUCUUUGUGUCGUAGCGGUUUACAGUACUAAAUUUAAUAAUGCGUAUUUGCACCCAAAACAGAAACAAACACUGCGUGGCAAGUACCUCAGGGAGAGAAGGGGUGUCGUUUUAAACGUACUGUGGACCUAAAACACUUUCAGCUGUGUCACAUGAUCUGUAACUCAGGAAAAACAAAGCUAUCAGCAAACACUGAUCCUGUAUUUUUGUGGUCAUACUGUUGUGACAUUUUACAAUAAAUUCUGUGUGACAUUA